AUGCGCGGCCUCCCUGCCUUACGUUUAGACACAGCAGGCAGCAACGGAGUUACCACUGCCACCACCCUCUCAUCGCACACCAUCCUCUCAUCCGCAGUCUCGCCUGCUACUCCCUCGCUUCGCGCCGAGCCGAGCAGCUUCUGCGGAGCGUUCGCGGAACCUUCGCGUCAGCAGCUUGCCAGCCGGAGAAACAAUCCCUCGCUGAACCACGGGAGGCGGAGCGGGGAGGAUCCUGCGAAUCGAGUAACGACCUCCGCUCUUUCCUCUCCAUCCGGAGCCCACCCAAUCACACCUCCGCAGUCACCGCUUCACCGCUCCCCGUCAAAGAAAGCACCAUCCGCAGCUGAAGUAACCUCAUCCCCUUCCGUCGCCACCGGCGCCGCCGCAGGAGUGGCCUCUGCGUAUCUGUCUACCUCCUCCGCAACCACUGCAAUCACUACCACUACCACCUCACCGAUGCCUUCCCCGUUUCCCGGCUCGUUCCAAGCGUCCCUUGAAGCCUCCUAUUCGGCGUCCCUUCGGCUUACCGUGCCGCAUCUCGCGGCGCCUCUCGACCUAAGCCCGCACGCGCACCGCCAGACGCGGUUCGCGGUGGCUCUGGCGGCGCAAUUGUCGCUCUUCUCCGUUCUCGCGCUGCUGCAACCCGUCUCCGCGCUCGCCCUUGCGCAAUCCGCGCAGACAUCCUCCCGUCGUUCUUCCGCCUCCGCCAAUUCCACGCUCGCGCUCUUGCCCACGUGCCCCGCCACGUGGCACGAAAAGGACGCAGCUGCUGCCGCAGUAAGCGAUUCGGACAGAUUUGAGGCGGCGAGAAGGAUGAGCAAGAGUGCGACGACUAAGCGCCAUGAGAAACGGCGGGAUUCCCGCCGCCUCACAACGGCGAAAGUAGCGGGAGCGGCGGUCGCGGGGGAGGCAGUUGCACACGGGGCGGUUGCUGACACGUUCGCGGCGGCAUUGGCUGGGGACGAUUGGGUUCCUCAGAAUGGUAACGGGGCGGCGCGCGGAAGCAGCAACGGGAACGGGCGGGGGCUGUGUGGAGGGGUACGCGGGGGAGACGCUGCGGCGGGGAGGGGGGAGUGGCAAGCGGUGAGCCUGGCGGAAGCGCGGGAGAUGGUGGAGCCGCCGUUUAAGGUGGCGGCACCGGGACAGCGGAUUGUAGCGAUCGGCGACGUUCAUGGCGACUGGGAUCAGACCCUAGCGGCGCUGCGCGUGGCGGGCGUGCUGAACGAGAAGGACGGCGUGAGCGACGACGAGAUGUGGACGGGCGGAUCAACGGUGCUGGUUCAGGUGGGAGACGUGUUGGACCGUGGUGACGAUGAGAUUGCCAUUCUCUCGCUGCUCAGACACCUUGACCGACUGGCACAGCGGGAAGGAGGAGGAGUGCUCAUGCUGAACGGCAAUCACGAGACAAUGAACGUGGCGGAGGAGUUUCGGUACGUGUCGGACGGGGGCUUCGAGGAGAGUGAGGACUUCUACUCCUUCUGCCUCUCCGAGUGCGGCGGCGACUGGGACAGCGCGUUCCGCGUGUGGUGGCAGGCGAGUCAGGAGCUCAAGGCGUCCAAGAGAAGAAGGAGAGGCCCGUGGAACGGAUGGAACCCCAUUCAGGGUCAGCGGCAGGUGCGGGAGCGGCACGAACUAUUUGAGGUGGGCGGGCCGAUGGCAGCUGAGCUGGCGAGGAACAAUGCUGCUCUCAUGGUCAACGACACUCUGUUUGCACACGGGGGCAUCCUGCCACACCAUGUGGAAUACGGUCUGCCGCGCAUGAACCGGGAGCUGUCGCAGUGGAUGCGCGGCGAGGAGGUGUGGGGCGAGGGGGGACGCACCCCGAUGCCGUUCAUCGUGACGAGGGGCUAUAACAGCGUGGUGUGGACGCGGCUGUACUCUCAGGAAUACCUGGGGACUGGAGAGGACAAAUACAAGAUCUGCACUGUGCUGGCUGCUUCGCUGGACGCAGUGGGGGCAAAGAGGCUUGUUGUGGGGCACACACCGCAAGUGGGCGGGGCUAACGGGGAGUGUGGGGGUAGAGUGUGGCGCAUCGACGUGGGCAUGUCAUCAGGCAUGCUCAACGCCCCACCCCAGGUUCUGGAGAUUGUGGGGGACUCUGUGCAAGUGCUGGCCGUCCGACUUUACAUGCACGUCCUUGGAGCACUCGAUGCACAUGACGGGGCAGAUGGCGCGGGAGCAGCGGGCGCAGCACUGGAGGGAGUAAAGGUGCUCAUUUCCGUUUUUUUCCUAGGAGCAUACUCAUUCACUGCCCCCUCCACCACCCCCCAGGAGCACACAAUGCACAUGACGGGGCAGAUGGCGAGGGAGCAGAGGGCGCAGCAUUGGAAGGAGCGGCGCGUGUUCUUUGUCACGGGGCAGGUUCUACUGCAGGACAUGGUGCAUUGGGGUGAGUGGUGGUGCGGAGUGGUGACUGGUGCAAAGGACAUGGUGCACUGGGCUGCCUGUCCGCGUGAGGCCAUAGUGUGUCUGGUGGUGGACGAGGCCCACCGCGCCACGGGCAACUAUGCGUAUGCACGCGUGGUGAAGGAGAACCCCACUACACCUCGUCCUGGGUCUCGCACUAUCUGUCCACAGCACUGGAAACUCACUGGAAUUGCCACCACUGCUACUUCGUUCUGCUGCUUUCCACCCACCAGCGCAGCUUCCCAGGAGCAAGCUGGGAAAUCAGUCAUGCAGCAUGCUCCACCGUGCUCCACUCUUCCUGCCGUUCCCUCUCCCUCCUGCGUGUCUCCAGCCCAGCUACCCAAGGUACAGGAGGUGGGGAACAAGCUGGGCAUAUCACUGCCCAAGGUACAAGAGGUGGUGGACAAGCUGGGCAUAUCACUCGUGGACCGCUGCCCUGCUAUGCUGUGCCGUCAACUCUACCAAUUUCCCCUUGCUCUCCCCUCUACCUCCUCAAUGCCACCAGCCCAGCUGCCCAAGGUGCAAGAGGUGGUGGACAAGCUGGGCAUAUCACCCAUCACCCAGCUGCCCAAGGUAAAGGAGGUGGUGGACAAGCUGGGCAUAUCGCUCAUAGAGUACCGGGGAGAUGAUGACCCACAAGUUGCCCAGUACAUGCACAAGCGCACCGAGCAAGUGAUCAAGGUGCGCAUGCACACAGCAGUGGCGGAGGUGGAAAAGCUGCUUGUUGUGCGCAUGCACACAGCAGUGGCGGAGGUGGAGAAGCUGCUGCUGGCAGAGCAGAGGAGGUGUCUCGAAGCCCUCAAUCGUCUCGGCCUCGUGUCCUCGGCUCUGGUCUCUUCCAGCAAGGUCAGCUUCUAA